AUGUCAACAACAACACAGCAGCAACAUUCCUCUGCAAAUUCCUCAAAUAUUAUAGGAAUUCCAACAAACGGAGAGGAUGAUGGAGAUAUUUGUUUAGAAUUAGAAGGGCGUUGUAAAGCCUAUAAAUUUGUUGCUUAUGCAGCAAUUAUAUUCUCGGUUGUUGCAAUUAUUUCUGUUUGUAUAUCUUUACCUAUGGUUUAUACUUAUGUUAAAUAUGUUAGAAAGCAAUUACAUAAUGAAUUGAAUUAUUGUAAGGAUUCUGCACAAGACAUUCUUUCUGAGGUAAAUGAAAUUAAACAUUUCUUCCCUUCAAAUAGCAGCAAAAGAACUGCUAGACAAACAUAUCCAGAUGGAAAUUCUGGAACAGUAACAACACAAAAUAGUGAAGGGGGAGGUACCCCGGGAAGGCCCGGUCGACCAGGAAAACCUGGGGCACCAGGUAUUCCAGGAAUACCCGGAAGACCGCCAGCACAGCCUUGUGAACCAAUUACUCCUCCACCAUGCAAACCAUGUCCGCAAGGCCCGCCUGGACCUCAAGGUCCUCCGGGACCGCCAGGGGAUCCUGGCCAGCCAGGAGCCCCCGGAAAUCCAGGACAGGAUGCUGCGCCAGGAGAACCUGGUCCAAAAGGACCUCCUGGUCCACCCGGUGAACCGGGACAACCGGGUCCACCGGGCGAUCCAGGAUUGCCAGCAGUUAGUGAAGAAGCAGUACCAGGAGAACCAGGAUUGCCAGGCGAUCCAGGUCCACCGGGCCCGCCAGGACCGCCUGGAUUGCCUGGAAGUGAUGGAGCUCCAGGCCCAGCAGGCCCCAAAGGACCGCCAGGACCGGACGGAAUUCCAGGAAAUGAUGGAAUCCCCGGCCCUCCUGGACCUCCAGGUGCACCUGGUGCUCCAGGUGAGAGAGGUAUCUGUCCUAAGUAUUGUGCUAUAGACGGAGGUGUGUUCUUUGAGGAUGGAACAAGACGUUAA